GUCAAAGGUACAUUCAGAGAAGGAGCGGGCGUUGUUCAGCACAGUCUUUUUCUGGUGGUGGGCGGGCCAAAGGACCAAGCAUUGCGAGUCAGCAGUCUUCCAGAGACGUUACAAAGCUGUUUCUACAAAGCUGAAGAGUACCCUCAUGUGACUUUAGAAGAGGCGCGGCUGCAAUGCGGCAAAGCCAACUAUGUGGAGGAGCUGGCACGCCGGCAGAGUGAGGUCGUAUUGCGACAAGCCGGGUUUCGCUCAAAGCCGUACCAGCAGCUGAGUGCCGUUGACUCAGUGCUGAGCGGAUAUGGCCGCGAGUAUGCGGUUCAAGAAAAAGCAUCGAGUCGAGGCAGGCGUGGAGACUACCUGGCCGGUUUGUCCAAGUUUGGUGGCGUGUUGGGCCGGAUCCCAUAUGAAUCCACUGACUUUGAUUUGCUGAUAAUUUCGCUUUUGGAUGACGAACAUAAGCUCGAGGGGAUCUAUCUAAUUCCCACGAGUGCCUUAGCUCAACGCGGUCUUGUUAACAAACGCCCAGUGACCCUUCACGUCUACCCACCUUGGGCGCCUGCAAAGCGCGCAGCAGCGAUACGGAAGCACGCGUGGCAGCUAGACUAUUUCAUUGACCUCCGAGGGUGGGCUGGCGGGCCUCUCUCAGGUGAGACUGUGGGCCGACUGCUGCAGCUGCUGCUGAAUCCAGAACUGGUUUCAAAAGCAUCAAUCGAGAGUGCUUGUCUGCAUGAGAGCAUUCCACCAAGGUAA